AUGCCUCGGUAUGUGCAGCUGGUCAUGGGCCCGGCAGGCAGCGGGAAGAGCACCUACUGUGCCACCAUGGUCCAGCACUGUGAAGCCCUCAAUCGGUCUGUGCAAGUUGUGAACCUCGAUCCUGCAGCAGAACACUUCAACUAUUCCGUGAUGGCUGCCAUCCGGGAACUGAUUGAGGUGGAUGAUGUCAUGGAGGAUGACUCUCUGCGGUUUGGUCCCAAUGGAGGAUUGGUAUUUUGCAUGGAGUACUUUGCCAAUAAUUUUGACUGGCUAGAGAACUGUCUUGGCCACGUAGAGGACGACUAUAUCCUUUUUGACUGUCCAGUCUUGUCAUGUUCUUCAUGUGGUCAGAUUGAGUUGUAUACGCACCUGCCCGUGAUGAAACAGCUGGUCCAACAGCUGGAACAGUGGGAGUUCCGAGUUUGUGGAGUUUUUCUCGUUGAUUCUCAGUUCAUGGUGGAGUCGUUCAAGUUUAUUUCUGGCAUCUUGGCAGCCCUGAGUGCUAUGAUCUCUCUAGAAAUUCCACAAGUUAACAUCAUGACAAAAAUGGAUCUGCUGAGCAAGAAAGCUAAAAAGGAAAUUGAAAAGUUUCUAGACCCAGACAUGUAUUCUUUAUUAGGCGAUUCUGCAAGUGACUUAAGAAGCAAAAAAUUCAAAAAAUUGACUAAAGCUAUAUGUGGACUGAUUGAUGACUACAGCAUGGUUCGAUUUUUGCCUUACGAUCAGUCGGAUGAAGAAAGCAUAAACAUUGUGUUACAGCAUAUUGAUUUUGCCAUUCAGUAUGGAGAAGACUUAGAAUUCAAAGAACCAAAGGAACAUGAAGAUGACUCUUCUUCUGUGUUUGAUGAAUAUUUUCAAGGACACCAGAAGGAAUGAAGAAUUUAUCAGAGUAACUAUAUACGUGAAGCACUUGCUACUGAACCAGCAAGACAUUCUUCUCUUAGAAGGAUGCAAUACUAGAAGGCUACCUAUUUUAAUGAAAAAAGCAAUACUUGGCUCUUUAUCAGCAGCAUGCCUGAGUCAAAUUCUAGUUAUUUUGAAAUGGCUGAUGUUUCAAGUGGAAUCUUUUAGUAUUAUUUUAACAACAUCAAUUUAGAUUUUAAAUGUUGAAAUUG